UCGUUUAGCCCCAGAUCCUCAAAGGCAGUGAAGUGACCCUCGGGGCGGGAGCCAUGGCUCUGUAAGGGGUGAGAUUCUUCUAAGGUAGAGAGGCAAGCAGACAAACGGUGUUCCCAGCCCUCUGCUUCCCUCUUGUGCCUCGGGAGCCCGGCUGGGUCAGCGAGCUGCGCUUGAGGAGCCAGCACCGCCCUGCUCCGCGGCACGGCUCCUGCCGCAGCGGGGCAGCGGCCGCAGCACUGAGAGGAGCCGAGCGCAGCUCGACAGAGAGCAGCUCUCCCGGAGAGUGAAGGCGGAACCUCGCCCUGUCCGCACAGGGCAGCAAAGCCCCGGCGUUUCCCGGAGCUCUGAUUCGCUGUGACGGGGAAAGGCCUCCUCUCGGCUGGCUCGCUGAGGGCGCCGUGAGGGCGGCGGGCCCGCCCCGCUCCCGCCCCGCUCCCGCCCUGCCCCGCGCGCAGCCGUUUGAACGGGGCCAUGGCGGGCCGGGCCGGGCUGCCCGCCGUGUGGCAGCUCUACUUCGACUCCGUCCGCGCCGCCACCUUCCACAACUGGCCCUUCACCGAGGGCUGCGCCUGCACGCCCGAGCGGAUGGCGGCGGCGGGCUUCGUGCACAAACCCAGCGAGAACAGCCCCGACGUGGCGCAGUGCUUCUACUGCCUCAAGGAGCUGGAGGGCUGGGAGCCCGACGACGACCCCCUGGAGGAACACAAAAAACACAGUGCGGCCUGUGGUUUUCUUUCUCUUCAGAAAGAACCUGCUAACCUGACGGUGCAGGAGUUCCUGAAGCUGGAAAAAAUGCGAGUGAGAAAGGCACUUAAAAAAGAGGUUUCUCAGAUGAUGACCAGGGUUGAAGAUAAAGCCAAGAUCCAGCGCUGUAAUAUAAAGAAGCUGGCCUAGACUGCUGCAGCUUCAUAGCUGCCAGUGGCAUCUGUCUUGUCCACGUGCUGUGGCACUGCCCCUGUGACUGAAUGGCCGUGCUUCCUGAGGCUGCUUCCAGACUGCCUGUCCCUGAGAAGCAGAGGCAAUUCUGCUUCACUCCUCCAAGUCUGUCUGGGAAGUACCUGGGGAUUGAUGCAUUGCAUACAAAAUCUUUUUCUGCAGGGACUCUCCUAAUUUUCCUGCUGUUUUUUAAAGGAUUAUUACUUGUGGGUUUACUUGGGUUUUUUUUUUUUUUUUUUUUUUUUGUUUUUUUUUUUUUUUUUUUUUAUCCACCUGUUUAGAGAUAUUGCUGUCUCAUAGAUAUACUGGUAGCUCUGGUGCUAAAACUUGUGUUUCUCAUAGGAGUUGACAUGUGUUUCCAUGUUUGUACUGAAUAUACCGAUGCUUCUAGAUACUUUGGGACAUAGAAAGGGGAAGGAGUUUUAAAAAUACUUCAGGGAUUGAGGAUUGUGGCUAAUAACACUGAGUUAUGCCACACCUUGGUGUGCCUGGUAUUCUUGUAAACUUCUGUUUGUAGUUGGCUGCUGCCUCGUGUUGAUGCAUUUAUAAAUAAAAGUUGAAGGCAGAAGAGCAAA